UCUGUUUUUAAUCAAGGUAAGAGACUGGAAAAGGGGAAGGGAGAAAUGGAGAAAGAAAAACAAGGAUGUGCUUACUGAGUGCUGACUGUGCCUGGCCCUUUACAGACCCUGGCUUAUUGGAUCUUCACAAUGAUCCUAGGAUGUCAUUUUUAUCUCAUAGUUGAGGACAUUAGGAUUGGAGAAUCCCGCAUUCGAUUCUGAGACCCAGAAGAUUUCAUAGUAAGCUGAGUGGUCUUAUAUUACCAGGAUGCGGUGGAGAAACACACAUCCGCCACUUUCACAGUCAUUAAGGAGUCCUGUUGAAGUAGGAUUGUAUAGCUAGGAUCUUUCCACAUUCUCUUCCCACGUGUUUUAAGGGUAUAUCGAAGGAGAGGGUCUGCGGGGGCUUUCUCCACCUGCGGUAGCGCCUCUCACCAUUCUUUCCUCUGCACCUUGGCUUUCUUUUUUUCUUGGCAUUGGCACCAGCUGACAUAAACUUUUGUUUGUUAUCCAUUUCUUUUACUAGAACAUAAGCCAUGAGAUAUGACAUAAGUUCCAUGAGCUCAGGAGCUUUAUUCUGUCCAGCUCCUAAAAGAAGGCCUGGGACACAAUAGGCAUUCACUGAUCAGUUGAUGAAUGGAUUUGUUAAUGAAAGGCAAUGUGAGAAGCCUCCUAAGAGGAGGAAGCUUAGAUGUCAGCAUGGCUCUUGAGUAAAGAACAAGACCAAAGAGGAGAUUAUCCGCAUAAAGAGAAAUGUGGAAGAAUGAAUGGGAAGUGGAGAACAGAUGAGAAAAACGCGGAGAAAAGGAAGGAAUAGAGCCACUCAUUCCACAGUUCUCUCCAAUUCAGUACACAAGAUGACGAUUCCAUGUGAAAUGUUUGAUGUGUCAGCUCCUUCACCUAACAGUUACACUAAAAAGGAAUUUAAAAUUUAGGAUCAAAGAUGCAGCUGCUUUCCCAUUUAAGCAGCAGUCAAGAGAGUGCCCAAAGUGACAGUUUUCCUGUACGGCUAUAGCCUCUUCUGUUAUCUGUAACUAAUCUACAACAUUUUGGGAAAAGAUAGCUAAAAAAAAAAGUUAGUGCUGAGGUGGGUAGGCCUGGUUCCUUCAUCUGAGCAUGAUGAAUUGACCAACAGAACGCAGACACAGGGGAAACCCCGCACCGUUGCGACAGUCGACAGAGGGCGCUGUUCACGUGCAAGGUGCUGAAAGGAAUUUCUGCCUGACGGAGUAAGCGGGACCGCACUGACAAAUGAGAAUGAGGGCCAUCUGGGAGUCUGGCUUUGGAUCUUAGAAACAUGACCUACUUUGGUGGCAUGGGAGGGGUAAAGGCAAGAGUGAGUGGGACAGAUCGGGAACUCUUUACUGGCGCCCCCUUAGCCACUUGUGGCUUGGUGACACUGAGGGUGGCAGUGAUUGAGGUCUGACUCUCCAAGGGCAGGGCUCAGCCCUGGCGAGGUGGUUGGCAGCACCACGAAGGUCAGGCCUCAGGGGAGACUGCCCACGUCAUCGAUAGCCUUGGCUCCCUCCCUGGCCUCAGGCUGCUGGGCCCUGGAACCUGUUUUCUACCUCCCAGUUUAAAGUCCUGGAGGAGAAUUCCAAUAGCAUCCAGAGGAAGUGCUGGGAUCCAAGAAGAAUCCUUUCCCCCAGUCUCCUUUAGGGGAUAAAUUUCAGGUUUGGGUAAAAUUCUCACUGUACAAAGAUGAGUAAAUAGAAAUUCUCCCCUAUAAAAGAGUUUGCAUUAAUUAGGGCGAGAAAGCAUUACAUGCAAGAGCCAUUCAUACAUUCGCCAAAUAGUUAUUGAGCGUCCUCCGUGUCUGGCAUUCUUCUAGAGUCUUAGAAUAGAGCAGCAGACAAGAGAGAAAAUCCCUGCCUUCAUGGAACAUAAAUUCUAUCAGAGAAAAAUAUUUUCUGAAGGAAAGGAGGCCAUUUUAGACAGCAUCUCUCUGUCCUCUAGAAAAACAAAGUAUCCCGAGGCUAUUCCACUUGAUAUCAGUAUCCCCAGGAAUUGUCCACAAAUGCACAAGAGAUAGGCAUAAUGAAGCCCACUGAAACUUGUUCAUGAGAGGGAAAAUUGCAAGCAACCUAAAUGUCACUAGAGAUGUCUGUUUAUUUUAUUGUGCUCAAGCGUAGCAGUUGAUGUGGGGCUCUGGAGCCAGAAGCCUAGGUUUCCAUCCAUCCGUACCACUCAGUGGUCUUAAUUUCUUCAUCUGUAACAUGGGGCUUAAGGACAGUGCUUAUUUCCGAGGUCUUUUUGAGCAUUAUAUGAGAAAGCCGUUAGAAUAGUGCUUGGCACACAAUAAGCACUUAGUAAAUGUUAGCUGGUAGCUGGUAAUGGAGUGCUAGGUAGCAGUUACAAGGAAUGGACUAAGUCUAUAUGUCAACAUGAAUAGAUCUAUAAACAUGUAUUGCUCCUUCAUUUUUUAAUUCAAUAAAUAUUUACUGAGUGUCUACUAUGUUCCAGGCAGUGUUCUAGGUACUUGGGAAUCAUCAGUGAACAAAACAAAGAUCCUGCCCUUGUGGACCUUGUGUGCCAGAGGCUCCUGACCACCAUAAAGAAAGAUAGAGCUGGGGCAUUUUCCUCAUCACUUCUGAAGCUGAUGGAAUGGCAAUUGCAACAUGACUUUCCCAGAGCCCUGAUUUUCAGCACGGAUGAUUUUUUCUUCAGGGAAGAUGGUGCCUAUGAGUUCAAUCCUGACUUCCUGGAGGAAGCUCAUGAAUGGAAUCAAAAAAGAGCAAGAAAAGCAAUGAGGAAUGGCAUAUCCCCCAUUAUUAUUGAUAAUACCAACCUCCACGCCUGGGAAAUGAAGCCCUAUGCAGUCAUGGCACUUGAAAAUAACUAUGAAGUUAUAUUCCGAGAACCUGACACUCGCUGGAAAUUCAACGUUCAAGAGUUAGCAAGAAGAAACAUUCAUGGAGUUCCAAGAGAAAAAAUACUUCGAAUGAAAGAACGGUAUGAACAUGAUGUUACCUUUCACAGUGUGCUUCAUGCAGAAAAACCAAGCAGAAUGAACAGGAACCAGGACAGGAAUAAUGCAUUGCCUUCCAACAAUGCAGGAUACUGGAAUACCUAUUCUGAGUUUCCAAACCGGAGGGCUCAUGGCGGCUUCACAAAUGAGAGCUCUUUCAACAGAAGGGGUGGUUACCACCAUGGAUAUUAGAGGCCUAUUUUACAGCCAUUCAAAAUUUUCCUAAGUCAGUUUUUACUUCAAUUUUUGGUAUUUAUUCCUUGUUCUGUUUUAGUCAGAGCUAUAAUUCCAGUGUACAUAGUUGAACUCAAAAGUUUCUGAGCAGAAGUCAUUAUAUUCAUUAUCUUCAACAAGCAUUUGUUAAAGUGCUCCUAUACGCAUGGUCUGAUACUGGGAAUUCUGCAGAUUUGAUUAAACAGUCUCUUUCUCUAGAGAAAGAAUUAAUUUGAAAGCAAAACCUAAGAACAUACUCAAGAACAUAAUCAAUUAUGUAGGUUCAUAAAUGAAAUCAGAUGUUUAUAUUAUAUAUAAGCUUCAGUACCACUUUCUCUGAAACAAUCUAUUUUUUCAGGAAAUUUAUCUCCAUCAGGAAAGUUGGAAAAGUGGGGGAGGAGAUGUGGAUGGCAGGAAGUUUUAGUGCCAUUGCUACUUUGAUAAUCUAUGUAUCCAAAAAUGUAAGAUGUGUGACUCUUAAUGAUGACACUGAUUUUCCUUUAAAACUAAUAUGCUAGAAAGUAUACAUCUAAGGGAACAUUGUCCUUCAAAGUAGACACAUUGGGAAAUCAUUCCUUUAUCUGAAUGAAUGUAUCACUGUUAAAAGUAUUUGUGGAAUCCUUAAUAGCUACUCAAGUUACUGGGGAAAAUCAGUGUCAUUAUUUAAAGUCAUACUUUGUAUUUUAACUGCCACUUUAUUCAACAGGAUUAAACCUGAAUAAAUUUUGGCUGUUGUGCUAAUUGUGUAAAUAAAAUAAGCCUUCCUUCAUAAAACACCAAUUUGUAAGAGGAAUAAUUAAGUGACUUCUAAAAUUAUGUCUAUAAACACGUUGUUUAAUUAGUUGGCAGCUAAAUGUUUGGGAGUGCAAGGAAUUAAGUACCCCCAGAUACAGGUCAUACAGGGAUAUGUAAAAGCCAUGCUCAUUACAAAAUGAGCAGUUGAUGUUUUAUGUGGCAUUAUUUAAGACAAUAGAGCUCUACUACAACUCCAGAAUGUCCCUCUUACACUGAUACCAAAUUUAUGAAUCCAAAUUAAAUCUCAACAGGUUGGAAUUAGAUUAAUUUGGUGUGAGACCAUGAUAGAUAAGACCACGUAGGGUGUAUGCUCUAUUUCUUCUUGUUAGCCAACAGCUUCUUUCUAAUGCUCUGUGAAGUAUUAUUUUAAGUGUCCUAUAUGAUGGUGCUUUUAUGGCUAUUAAAAAUUACAUAUGGUAUUGCA